GUCGCAGCUGCGACUACUCCGCGUUGCCGGGACAAGCAGCCGGUUUCCAUUACAUCCCACCAAUGUCACGGUGGUGUGUGGGGGCCCUGGGGCACCGCGCGCUACCCCCGUAGACGGGGGUCCUUUUCAGGAGGAGACUUUGCCAGUGUGGAUCGUUCUGCGCCACUACCUGCGUGUGAUGGCAGCAACAGGAGCAAAAUGUUCUUCCAGAGCUGCUCAAUGCCAGUGCGGAGGUCUGCUAGCCACUGAGAGGGGGGUUCAGAAGAACGUUGUCGUUUUGCUAUUCCUCCGUUGAAGGAGCGCAGAAAACUGGUUCCACUACACAGUCUCAAUAGCUCUACGAGUCUUGAGUCUCGAGUUUACUAUAUGGUCCAUAGUUUGGCUUGCAUGGCGGCAAUCUCACCGGAUUAUCCUCCAAGUCCCCACUUGUGAAUGAGAUGUUGCGCAUCCGCUUCUCGGUGUUCUGAUUUGCGUUGAUGGUUGCGCCAGUGUAGGAGUAGUCAAAGUCAGGAGGUGCGAUGUUUGGGACUCACCAUUGAGGUGGCAAUUUUGGACGUUAACUGCAACGUUGGAUCCCAGAUAGGGAUGAUGAGAUUGGGGCUUGAGUGUGCACAAAUGGUGUCAUUGUCGAGGUAUUAUUUGACCUGAGUGUAAACUCGUGUAAACUGCGUUGCAGUUCGCAUGUCUGUGGUCUCAAGUGUUCCGCCUACAAUGCGCGUUGUGUUAUUUAAUAUCCAUAUUCUUUGGGUCUUUCAGUAAAGUCCCGUGGCUGGUUCAAAGUUUGCAUCUGGCAGUUUAAUGUAUGAGCUGCUGGACCAAGCUGGAGCGCAGCGACUGCCACUGAGCAGUAGACCACAGCACAUCGUCAACGAGUGGAGCCCCGGAAGGCGAAAGCACAGCAAGUUGGUGCAUCUGCCAGUCAUCUCACUCAACCCAUGGCACUUGGGUCUAUCCCGUAACCUGCCAGCGGGCGUUCGACACACUUCACGUGGCCUUAACGCGCACUUAGCCUGGCACAAUCGCCGUGGUGACGUCACCGCAGCACAUCACCUAAGGCGCCCAAGGUGGUUGAUUACCGCACGUUUGUAGCAGAGUUUGGGAAUUGUGUGUUGCUAUCCGUGACUUUAGGGAACAUCUGCAUUCGAGGGCAGCACUGAGCCACCCAGAGAUCGCUGAGCCAUGAACCCUGGAGAGCCUGGCUCGGAGACUGACGAGUGGAUGCAGCAAGCAUUCAACAUGGCACAAACGGCCCUGGCGCGGGGGGAGGUGCCAGUCGGCUGCCUCGUGGUGUACGCGGGACAUGUCAUAGGGCGCGGGCGCAACCAAGUCAACGAAACAAAAAACGCAACGCGUCACGCCGAGCUGGUGGCACUGGACGAGGCGCUGGAGUGGUGCCGCGCCCAGGGCCUCGCCCCGGCUGGCGUGCUGCAGGCCUGCAGCCUCUACGUGACCGUGGAGCCCUGCGUGAUGUGCGCUGCCUCCCUGCGGCUCCUUCGCUUGCCCCGCGUGGUCUGCGGCUGCCGGAACGAGCGCUUUGGGGGCUGUGGCUCCGUCAUGAGCAUUCACUCAGCAGAGCUGCCCCACACAGGCUCAACGUUCCAGUGUGUGUCAGGGGUGCGUUCCGAGGAGGCAGUGGACAUGCUGAAAACCUUCUACAAGGGACAAAACCCCAAUGCUCCGAAUCCAAAGAUCAAGAAGGGCAACCAGCAUCCCAGUGACCUCGCCUCCACUCCUUCGCUCUCGGCACUGUGAUGGUUCUACAGAUGGUGGUCAUUUCAUGUUCAUGGCUCAUUCGGCUAAAGACCAAAGGGUUUACAACGGUCUAUGGUAUGGCCAUCAUUUAACGAGUGGUGGUGGCAGCAGCAUAUGCAUGUAGUCCAGCACUGUGGAGGCGAGGGUUGGUAGAUCACAUAAGUAUUGUGAAAUUCCCUUCCCGUGGGUGUCAAAGUGCAAUAUUCUGAGUUUAGGGUGCCAAGCUGAGGAUAUGGUAACUACUUCGCCUGGUACAAAGGAGGUUGUGGGUUCGAUCCCGCCUGUUGUAUAUUUAGAUUUUGCUCGUUCUCCCUGUGGUCACGUGGAUUUUUCUCCAGGUCCUCAUGUUUUUCUCUCCACGUUUAGAAACAUGCUUUGAGAGUAUAUGGCUGCUAUACAUUUCCACAUGAUAACCGACUUCAUUGAGCUAUCAUCUGUGACCAGGUCACUUCUGAAAAAGAUCUAAAUGGUUGGUGGGCCUUACUAGUAAAAUAAAUCUUUUUAAAAAAUAGUUUUAUAGACUUGCCAACGGAUGCAGUACAGCAAACGUGCACUUCACAUUUUCCUUCUGUGUGGUAUAGAGUGAUUCGUUUCUUGCGGGUGUGGUUUUCUCCAUGUGCUCCAGUUUCCACCCACGUGUGUAAACAAGCAAUAAUUGGCCAAUAAUAACUUCAUAUAUCGAAGACCGCAGAACAUGGGCAAUUGUUUGUAUGGGCUACCAUGUGGCAGAUUUCUUGCUUAUCUGUGGUUCGUCGUGCCUCUUGAGUUAUUCUCUGCCUUUGAGAGUGAGUUAAUCCUGUGUGGCAUAUUAUAAGUUUAAAUUAUUAUUAUCAGAGCUGUGAUGCUCAACCACAAGUACCCCACUGCAGUAAUUUACAAUUAUGUGAUCGUUGGUGAAAUUGAUACUCUUCCAUCUUCUCUUGUGCAGAAAAAAUCCUAAUUUAUUAUAAGUAAAUUGAAUACUUAGGUUUCCCUGACUAAUAUCCAUAAUAAUGUUUUUUUGGGUUAAAUCGCUUUAAUAUAAAUGUGUUGUUAAACCACCACCGCCACCUGACACAGCCAACUAGUAAGGUUUAGUAAGAUUUGUCGCGUAAAAAAAACAUGCCAGUUUUUUAUUGUUGUGGCUGUCCCACCUGAUGACGAGUGCUUGUGUUGCGAUCGAAACGUCGUGAUCUAUUAUUUUUCUACCUACGUGACUUUACCGAGAGAACCAAAGAGUAUGGAUUCCUGCAGUCACGAAAGCUUCGAAUCAAGAGUAAAACAUGCCCAUUAGUUACUUCAGCACACCGAAGUUUUCGCGCCUCAUCGGCUCACAGUGAUGAAACCACCUUUAUUUAAGACCGAAACAGGAAGACUUCACAAUUCUGGUAAAUCGCCUGAUAAGGCUGGUUAUAAUCACCAGCGAAUCGCCGUACUCAAAUUGUAGGUGGUUGUGGGUUUACUCUCCAACACACCGGUGUCCUGAAGAAGUAACUAAUUAGCACGUUUUGUUGUCAUGACAAACCUUACGAAUUGGUUGUGUCGCGUGGUGGUGGUUUAACACAUUUACACGAUCUAAACCAAAAAACCUUUACUUCUCUGUCAAUUUUGUAAACUUUUAUAACAUUUGUAGAAGUUAAAAUUGUUCAGUUGUACAUACAACCCUUUUACAAUAAACUCGCAGAAACGCAGA